GGUUCACGUGGUUUAAAAUGGCUGCGCCCUUCACUAAAUAAUGAUAUAGAAGAAAAUAUUGAAACAGCUACACGUUAAACCCCACCAAAGAAGAAGAAACAGUUAAACGUUUGCAGCAUAUAGCUACACUAGAGCUGAAACAUCGCCAAGUCAUYCAUUGCAGGGAAUCUUUCUGAAGAUGUCAGAAAACAGCAAUGUCGUUGUACAGAAAGGCACCAGCCGCACAGUUCCCAGAGCUCUGAUCAUUCAAAUGAUGGCGGAAAAUUUCGAACGGUUGCCUGAACUUGACAGGAAAAUCUUCACCUAUGGCCCCGUGUACCUGGGAGGUAAUGGGGCAUUUGCAGGACUGAUUGCCAACAGCUUAUACAGGAGAGCACUGAAUGUCACUCAAGGGCGUUUUACAUCAAAUCUCCCGAUGGCUGUCCUACCAUUCUUGACAACAGUGGCCAUGUAUAAUGUAGCUGUGUCCAAACCAUUAUUGUCUGGUGACCUUAACUGUCCAACCUGUGUCCUGAUAAGAGGUGCCCUUGUCGGCGCAGUUGGUGCUGGUGUAUAUCCUAUUCUGUUGGCUUUGCCUGUGAAUGCAGGCCUUGCAACCAGGUACAACACUGCACCAUUGCCAGAAAAGGGAAACGUCCUCCGUUUUUGGAUGAACAUUACCCAACCCAUCUUGAGGAAAAUGGGUGUUGUGAUAGUACUACAGGUGUUCUUUGGAACCUACCUAAGCUCCAGACACUUUGACAGCUACUUGAAAUUGAUUCAGUUGUCCGUCUCAAAUGGCGAGGAGCUUCAGGAUUAAAACAGUUUCUAACAAACCUAAA